UGAAUAUUGAAUAACUAAAUUUUGUGUUUCUGAAUAUAUUCUAUUGACUUGUUUUUUUUUCUAUAAAUUAAUUAACAAAAAAGAAACAAUAGCUGACACAAUGCAACUAAUAAUUAAAUUAUUAUUAUAAAAUAUUGUCCAUAUAUGUACAUACAUGACUACAAUCAAAAAAUGCCUUCAACUUGUGAAUUUCAAUUAAACAAUCCCAAUGCGGUUUACAAUAGUGGAGACAUUAUAAGUGGUGCGAUUGUUUUGAACACAAACUCCCCCAAAGUUAUAAGAGAUAUACGCAUCAUAUUCCGUGGCGAAGGAAAAGUAAGCUGGACUGAAACGGAGAGGCGUAGAAAAUCGGAUGGUACUUACACCAAUCACACGGUGAAGUAUAAAGCCAACGAGUUGUAUAUCGACAAUAGUACAACCGUACUUGGUGAGGGAACUCUGCCGGCAGGAACUCAUACAUAUACAUUUCAAAUACUUGUACCGCUGCGUUGUCCCACCUCUUGUGAGGCUCGCUACGGUCACAUACGCUACGAACUGAUGCUUAAACUAAAUAGGCCGUUUCGUUUCGAUAAUGAGUUUAGUAAACCGUUGACGGUACUUAAAUUGCUGGAUUUAAAUUUAAAUCCAGCUUUUAGAAUUCCCAUUGAAAGUGAGGAUGUUUUUAGUUCCUGCUGUUGGAGCUGUUCAAAUGGUACUGUUAAUACCACGCUUACAAUCCCAUUCGGUGGCUAUGCCAUCGGACAGAGUAUCAAGUACUCAUUGUAUAUACAAAAUCAAUCAAUGAACGACAUUGAAGGCUACACCAUCGAAUUUAAUCGGAAAAUAAUUUUUACUGCCCGCACACCACGUCACAAGGUACGCGAAGAAAAAACCACGUUACAUAACAAAUCAUAUGGUGUCCGCUGUUUACGUUUGACUACGCGUAUUUUUGAUGGCAAUUUUCUAAUAGUCUCCACACCUCCCACCACCGAGGGUGAGGGUAUUAUAAGUGUACGUUAUUCAUUAAAGGUGAUCAUAAGUAGUUCGGACAAUAGUAUAAGUGUACCAAUAGUUAUUGGUACAGUGCCACUGAGAGAGAGUAUGGAAACGGCAGUACCUUCGCAAAAUGAUCGCCUUGUUACAGUGGCACCCACGGCACCCGAACUACGUCUGGUUGACCAAAGCGGCAGUGAUUUGCCGCCAAGUUAUCAGGAAUUGGGCCCUCCCUCAUUCGAAGAGGCUACACGCAGUAGUUCACCCUUUAUAGAUACUGAUAGAAAUGAGCACAAUCGCCAUAUUGGUUUUAGGCCUUUAUAUCCCUCGUACUCGCAAAGUGAUACCUAGUUGAAUUACCUCAAAAUAGCCUUAAUCCUUAACACGGAGCUACGUGAAAAAAAAACUUGCAAAACGACCUAGCGUGGGUUAUAGGUCUUGCUGAGUACAUUACAAAUUGUGUAAAAUAACAAAGAAGUUAUUUUAAAAAAACCCCUUUUUA